UUUAAAAGUCUAUUUGGGAAAAAAGAGAUGCAGAUUCUUAUAGUGGGCUUGGAAGCAGUUGGAAAAACCACCAUCUUGUAUAAAUUGAAGCUUGGAGAGAUUGUGACUACCAUCCCUACAAUAGGUUUCAAUGUGGAGACAGUAGAAUAUAAAAAUAUCAGCUUCACAGUAUGGGAUGUCGGUGGCCAGGACAAAAUUAGACCUUUGUGGCAACAUUAUGUCCAGAACACCCAAGGUCUGAUUUUUGUGGUUGAUAGUAACGACAGAGAGAGGGUCAAUGAGGCCCAGGAAGAACUAACUAGAAUGUUAGCAGAAGAUGAACUCAGAGAUGCAGUUUCAUUGGUGUUUGUAAAUAAACACGAUCUUCCCAAUGCUAUGAACGCAGCAGAGAUAACAGACAAGCUUGGAUUACAUGACCUCCACCAGAGAAAUUGGUACAUUCAGGCUACUUGUGCUACCAGUGCAGAUGGGUUUUACGAAGGCCUGAACCGGCUUUCCAACCAGCUCAAAAAUCAGAAGCAACCUGAAACAGUCCAUCCCCUGUGCAUUGUGGCAAAGCCAGCUGGCCUCUGGGUGCAUGUGGGCAUGUGA